AUGGAAUGUUGGGCAUUUGUUUUGCAUGCCGACGAAACAAACAAAACAAACAGCAAAACAGUAUACGGUUAUCAAAGUUUAACCAAAAAUAUUCUCGAUUACAUGCCACAAGGCGAUGAAAUUCAAUUCCAUCUGAAUCAUCAAGAUAUUUUAUUAUUGUUAGUUGGUUAUGAUAUCAGGCAAAAGGGAAGAAAACGAAAACAAAUGAAAUCUCGGGCGAUUACUUUAUGGAAAUUGAGUGAUUUUAGGGAUCUUACUUGGCAUCGUUAUCAAACAACAAUAUUGCGUUAUGUUAAACGAAAGGAAACAUAA